CUCGCCGGGCGGCGGGGGGAAGGAGCCGGGCGGGGGGGAAAGAUGGCGGCGAGGUUGAGCGGCGGCGAGAACCGGCUGGUGUCGCUGCCCCUGUCCCGUAUCCGUGUGAUCAUGAAGAGCUCGCCGGAGGUCUCCAGCAUCAACCAGGACGCGCUGUUCCUCACCGCCAAAGCCACGGAGCUUUUUGUUCAGUAUUUGGCUGCAUACUCCUACAAACAUGGCAAAGGCAAGGAGAAGAACGCUUUAACUUACAGUGACCUGUCUCAUACUGCAGAAGAGUGCGAGACCUUUCAGUUCCUUGCAGAUAUCCUGCCAAAGAAGAUCCUAGCUAGCAAAUAUCUAAAAAUGCUUGAAAAAGAGAAGCAAGAUGGAGACAUGGGUGAAGAUGAUGAAGAGGAUGAGGAGGAAGAGGAUGAAGAUGAAGCUGUUGAAGAUGUUGGAUCUUAAGUCUGUGGAGAAUUGCUUCAUAGUUGAUCCAUUUUCUGUUUUGUAAAAGAUGUUAUUUUUGUGACUGAGAAUCCAGAUGCUGGAUAUAUUUAUACACUGAGCCAUCUGCUUUUGCUUUAAGAAGUUGAGAAAUUGAACUUUACACUUGUUGAAGAAUGGAAUUCUUUCUUCAGAAACACGGUGGGGUAAGAAGAGCUAAUAUAGAUCAUAAAAGCCAUAGAAUGGAUUGGGUUGGAAGGGAUCUUAAAGAUCAUCCAGUUCCAACUCACCUGCCAUAGGCAGGGACACCUUCCACUAAAGCAGGUUGCUCCAGGCCCUGUCCAGCGUGGCCUUGAAUAGUGCCAGGGAUGGGGCAGCCACAGCUUCUCUGGGCAACCUAUGCCAGCACCUCAGCACCCUCAUAGUGAAGAAUAUUUUCCUAAUACCUAAUGUCAGUCUCCCCUCUGUCAGUUUAAAGCCAUUCCCCCUUGUCUUGUCACCACAUGCCCUUGUCCAAAGCCCCUCUCCAGGUUCCUUGUGGCUACUUUAGGCACUGGAAGCUGCUCUAAGGUCUCUCCAGGGCCUCCUCCAGGCUGAACCAGCUCUCAGCCUGGCUCCAGAGCAGAGCUGCUCCAGCCCUUGCAGCAUCUCCAUGGCUUCCUCUGGGCUCACUCCAGCAGCUCCACAUCCCUCUUGUGCUGUUGCCCUAGAACUGGAUCAGGACUGCAGGAGGGGUCUCACCAGAGUGCUGCAGAGGGGCAGAGUCCCCUCCCUCAACCUGUUGCUCAUGUUCCUUUUGAUGCAGCCCAACACACAGGUGGUUUCUGGGCUCAAGCGCACACUGCCAGCUCAUGUUGAGCUUUUCAUCAACCAACACCCCCAAGUCCUUCUGCUCUCAAUCCAGGCUCUGCCCAGCCUGUGUUUGUGCUUGCUGUUUGUGCUGUGACCCAGGUGCAGGACCUUGCAUUGGCCUUGUCUAAUCUGACAGCAGAACUUGCUCAGGUUAUUUAAAAUUACUUCUUCAGACAAUCAUUAUCCAAAUGUAAAAUUUCCAAAGGGCAGCUUUCAGUCCAAAAGCUCUUUCACCCUCUGACUAGAACAGGUUCCUUCCCCGUCCUUAGAGCGGACGAUGAGGUAAGGGGAAGUGUUUUAUACAGUGUUUACUAUCCUCAGCUUUCUCCUCCUCAGGGAGCAAAUAACCAAUCGAACUCUCACUUUUCUGGGACUGUGCUGGGGCAUUACUAUAGACCAAACCAAUUAAAAGAGUCUUCUGUAAAAACUGCUCCUUCUGUAAUGCAGCCCAAAUAGCCAUGUCAGCACAGGAACUGAGUAGAGGAUGAGAUGUGUUCCAAGACCUAAUGUGUUUCUGCAGCUGUGGUGGUAUACAGUACAUGUGUGUGUUAGAUAAUGAUGUAAAUAUGUACAUCUAGAACCUUUAACUGUACAUGUAGAAACUUCAGUGAACUUUACUUCUUGAAUUUGUCUCAAGUGUUCUUACCAAAAUGCACACUGAAGUCUGUUAGAUGUGGAUUGGUGAGGAUGAGCAACCCUUUUCCCUAUUGAGUGACAGAGUUGGAUUUAUCAUUUAGGUUUGUUUUGUUGGGUUUUUUACUAGAGAAAUGGUAACCGUCCUGUGUAGACCUUUAUAUGCAACUUAUUAAAAAUAAAUGUUUUGUAUGAAAAGUGA